AUGAUAGAGAAUAGAGAAACAAGCCUUGUGUUUAGUUACAUUUUUGGAGUCAAUGUGUCUUGUACAGAUCAGUUUUUGGAAAUCAGGUUUUUAGGUUGUUUCAAAAUGAUGAACAACUCAAAAUCAAAACACUUCAAUGGAAAUGACCCUUCAAAAUCCAAACCUCAUGGAAAGCGAAAUAAAACUAAGAAGUCAUCCAAAAAGAAAAAUGCUGAUUCAGACAAUCAAGGAUCAUCUUCAAAGGAACAAGAUGAUGCAGUACUUAGUAGUUCAAAUGAAGACACGGUUGAAACAGUUUAUGCUGAAUCAAAUCAUGUUCCACUGGUGAUCCCCAAAUGGGAAAAACCAGAUACUCAAAGAAAAGCUUUCCAUCUUGCAAGGGAUCCCCGCAUGACCUCAAAUCCCAUUAUGGAACGUGAUGAUGAAAUGGAUGAAGAUAUUUCCAAUGAAGCAUUUCCUCCGGAUUGGACAAAUAACGAAUUAGUACACACCGCAGAACUUCUUCAAUCCCCGCUUCAAUCAAUCAUUGACAUCAACGUCGAAAAUGUUAAAAAUGAAAAAGAUGAUCUUGGACUUGGAGAAAAUAACGAUUGGAAAACUCGGUUUUGGAGUGAAGCAGAUACAACCACUGAAGCAUCUACUACUGUUCCAGUAGUACGAAUUAAAUCUGAGCCUAUGGAUAAGACCGAUUUUAAUUCAUCUUCGGAACCAAUUGAAGAUGACCGCUGCUUUAUCGACUCUGGUUCUAUUGUUGGUCUCCCAUCUCCCGGACGGGCAUCUCCUCCUGCAUCUCCUACUAUAUCGAUUAAAAAUGGUGAAGAAAACCAAACAGCGGGCGGUAUUUCAGAUGAUAAUGAAACACCCAGAAUCUCUCCUGAGCAACGGUUGAUCUCAUCGGAACGUAAAGACGACGCGGAUGUCACUCCGGUGUCUGGCAUCCAAUCAGGAAUGACAGUGCAGCAUUUGCCACCUCAGCAGCCUGCCCAGCCAGUUGCCGCACAGAUUCCAGUAAUAGCCCAACAAAACUUGAUUCCCGUGCAAGCCAGCAGUAGCAGAAACAGUGGAGCUCCUGUGCCGACCUUAAUCCAGCCAUCGACGAGUGUUCUGACGCAAUCGAAUUUGAUGCAUCCGGUCGUGCUGUUGCUUCCAUCGGCUCCAUUGCAGCAACAAUCGCAGCCGACACCGGUAGUACCAAUUCACGAUCCUCAACCUUUGGUUUCAAUUCGCGGACUCAUUCCUCAGCACCCACAUACGCUCCAAUAUUUAAUUAAAGAUUUGGGUAGACGUGGUUUUCACGGUCGUUUUCGCUCUCGCUCAUCAUCGCGUUCCCGUUCUCGUUCCCGCUCACGUCGUCGCUCACGUUCUCGCUCCAGGUCCAGAAGCAAGACGGCUUCAGAAGUUGCCCCACAACAACAACAAUCUGAGCUGCAGCAACAACAACAUGAGCUGCAGCAGCAACGACAGAAGCUGCACCAGCAACGACAGAAUAUGCAGCAGCAACGACAGGAGCUGAAGCAGCAACGACAGAAGGUGCACCAGCAACGACAGAAGCUGCACCAGCAACGACAGAAGCUGCAGCAGCAACGACAGGAGCUGCAGCAACAACAACAGAAGCUGCAGCAACAACAACAACAGAAGCUGAAACAGGAGCUGCAGCAGCAACGACAAAAGCUGCACCAGCAACAACAACAGAAGCUGCAACAGGAGCUGCAGCAACAACAACAGCAGCUGCAGCAACAACAACAACAUUCGAUUCCAGCUACUCCGACUCCUGCUUCUCCUAUCGUUCCCCGCGUUGAUGUAGCAGAGUCUGCAGCCAUGUCUGCAUUAAAGGCAAUUGCUGCAGCCUAUGCUAGGGCAAACGAAGAAGAGGAAGAAAAUCUGGAAAUUCUGUUCCCCCAUGAUGAACCCACGAACAUGUAA